AUGGAACACUGUGGAGCUCCCCCUGCUCCUGUCUGCUGCAUCUGCUCUCCCCCCACCCCCCACACACAGCCCUCCUGCUUCUUCUGCAGCGCCCCCUACUGUCCACUACUGCCCUCUCAGUUCCUCGCUCUCGGCACAAACAAAGACUUCAUUUCUCAGCUUUCCUUGCUCCUCACCGCUGCUCUGAGUGAGGACGCUGGAGAGAAGGAGGCAACGCUACAGGGGGAAGAGGAGGAGCCAAAUGAUCAACCUGAAAAAACUGAGCUGGACGACAUAAGUCCAGGCUCAAGGGAUGGAUAUUUCGAGAUGGGAUUGGACGACUCAUUAGAAGAAUCGACUUCCACCUCACUUCCCGUUCAUGGCCCUUCUCUCCCAGUGGCAGAGGAAAAGGAGAUCCAGCAGGAGGAGGUCCGACACGAAGAGGUCCAGUGUGAGGGGGCGGAGGUCUGUAAAACUGCCUGGUGCAUCUGCCUUCAGCAGAGGAGUGAGGACGAGACUUGCAUGAACACGACCUGUUCGGUGCUGACACAUCGAGUUCUUGGACUGCUCUUCCUGUCACAUGACUUCAGUCCCACCAAUCAGGAUGCAGGUCUGAAUGAGCUCUGA